UCGUCACUUCCUGUUUCGUCGCCACACGUUGUGUACGUGCCGACCCGUAUUUUUAUAGUCACGUAGAAAACAAGAACCCAAAGACAACCUAUUAGUUAGCCAUGUUGGAGCAACUGGGUCUGAUCGGAACCAUCCAGGACGACGAGCAGAGUCCGGAAGAAUCCGACAGCGAGUCCGAGCAUGAGGAAGAACCGAUCGUCCUGAACCGGAAGAAGAAGUUUGGCAACCAAAGUGGCGGCGCCAGAGACUUCAACCAUGACUUUGUGUUUGGAGAACGAGAUGCGUUGGACCACGGAGACGACUGGGCCAUGGCCGACGUCAUGAAGCAGCUCAAGAAGAAGAGAAGUCUCACCACUUUGGACCAGAAGAUUGAAAAGGUCCGGAAAAAGAGGAAGGCAGAAGAGAAAGUGUCUGCGGGUGAAGAAGACUCUGCGGUGAAGAAAGAAACGGCUGAGGAGGAGGACGUGAAGCCUUGUGACGAGGACACUGAUGACGAGGACGAGUUCAACUCUGAUGACGAGCGAGUUCUCACCCAAGCAGACACGCUGAAGGAGAAGCAACGUCGUGGGAGGAAGAGGAAGGCAGACGAGGAGGCAGAGGUGCAGUCAUUCCACGAAGAUGCGUCGCAGUUUGACGACACACUCAGCUUUGACGACAUGAACCUGUCCAGACCAAUCCUGAAGGCCAUCACGGCGAUGGGCUUCAAGCAGCCCACUCCAAUCCAGAAGGCUUGCGUUCCCGUCGGGCUCCUCGGCCGAGACCUCUGCGCCUGCGCCGCUACCGGCACGGGAAAGACGGCCGCCUUCAUGUUACCGGUCUUGGAGCGCUUGGUUUACAAGCCCAGGACGUCCCAGGUGACCCGGGUGCUGGUUCUGGUCCCGACGCGUGAGCUGGGUAUCCAAGUUCACACGGUGGCACGGCAGCUGGCCCAGUUCACCUCCAUCACGACGUGCCUGACUGUCGGCGGUCUGGACCUGAAGUCUCAGGAGGCGGCGUUGAGGGCCGGUCCGGAUGUCCUUAUCGCCACCCCAGGCCGACUCAUCGACCAUCUCCACAACACGCCCAGCUUUGAGCUCACGCACAUCGAGAUCCUCAUCCUAGACGAAGCGGACAGAAUGCUGGACGAGUAUUUCGAGGAGCAGAUGAAGGAGAUCAUCAGGCUGUGCUCGUACAACAGACAAACCAUGUUGUUCUCCGCCACCAUGACCGAGGAGGUGAAAGACCUCGCGGCCGUCUCGCUGAAGCAGCCCGUCCGGAUCUUCGUGAACAGCAACACGGACGUGGCUCCGUACCUGCGGCAGGAGUUUGUGCGGAUCCGAGCCAACCGCGAGGGCGACCGAGAGGCGGUGGUGGCCGCUCUGCUCACCAGAACCUUCCAGGACCACGUGAUGGUUUUCACGCAGACUAGGAAGCAAGCGCACCGACUGCACAUCCUGCUGGGACUCAUGGGCCUCAAGGUCGGGGAGCUGCACGGAGAGCUCAGCCAGAACCAGAGACUGGAGAACCUCAGGCGUUUUAAGGACGACCAGAUUGACAUCCUGGUGGCGACGGACGUGGCGGCCAGAGGUCUGGACAUAGACGGCGUCAAAACGGUCAUCAACUUCACCAUGCCGUCCACCGUCAAGCACUACGUCCACCGCGUGGGCCGCACGGCCAGAGCGGGGCGCUCGGGACGCUCCGUCUCGCUGGUCGGCGAGUCGGAGAGGAAAACGUUGAAGGAAGUCGUCAAGUCGGCCAAGAGCGCCGUGAAGGCCCGCGUGCUCCCUCCGGACGUCAUCCUCAAAUUCCGGGACCUCAUUUCCAAACUGGAGAAUGACGUGGAAGCUGUGGUGAGGCUGGAGAAGGAAGAGAAAGAGAUGGCUGCUACGGAGGCCAAGCUGAGUGUGGCCCAGAAGCGUCUGGAUGGCUCCGGCACCAACGACACUCAGCGAGUUUGGUUCCAGACGCAGCAAGAAAGGAAGCAGAGCCGCAUAAACAAGGCGCUGCAGGACUUUGACUUGGCUCUGCGAGGGAAGAAGAAGCGCGCCAAGUUUAUGAAGGACAGCAAGAAGAAAAACAUGACGGCGGAGGAACGCGCUCAGUUUGAGAUCCUGAAGGCACAAAUGUUCGCCGAGCGAGCCGCAAAGCGCGAGCGCCGGCCCAAGAGAGCCCGAGCCAUGGCUGAGGAUGAGGAUCAGGCGCCCCCUAAAGCCAAUCAGAAGACAAAAAAAGGAGGCAAUGCGGGACACAAGUCUGCUUUCGACAAAGAGUUGACCAACGUCAGCAACAAAGCCAUCAAACAGUACAGAGCGGGGCCGUCCUUUGCAGACAGGAAACGUCUUGGUAUGGACCGCAGGCGCUCAGGAGGCUCCAGGUUCAAGAGGAAGUGAGCAGGCUCGCAAACGUCGUUCGCUUUGUCUUGUGUCCAAGUCUUUGGUGUUCACGCUCAUCUAGUUGUUUUGAAAUAAAAGUCAAAAAGAAC